AUCUAGCCUAACCAGUGGUAUAACUCAAAAUUGUCAAAAUCGUACUACUCAUCUCGAAAUCUUUGUACAAUAAAUCCUUAGUAUUCCAAAGAGACGUAUCCAUUAUGGAGACUUAUCCAGCAGCUUUGAAGCCCGAUUUCAUGGGGCCACCUCCACCCAAACCUUCAAGUGGCUAUGGUCUAUUCAGGGCUGAUCAUCACAUGUCUCAUUUCCACAACUACAGAAAUGAGGAAGUAUCACGAAUGAUGAUGCCCCACUAUGAAUGGGGAGGCAUGGAAUAUCUGUACACACCCCAUCCAGAUGUUUCAGCAUAUAAAAAAGCAGAAAAGUAUCUCAUUCUGCCACCAUCCAAUUUCUCCAUGAUAGAUAGAAUCAGACAUCAAGAAGUGGAUGAUUUCUAUGUCUCAGCUCAGAUACAUCGUGAUCAGUACAAAGAUGAUUCUGGGAGAUUACAUCCCAUGGAUUACUUCAAAGUAGCCGAUUAUGCCUUCCAGUGUCCAAAAGACCCUACUUCCCGCUAUUUGAAGUACUCGGAAUAUUACGUAAAAUACAAACAGCCGAUUACUCUUCCGAUGACAUUGGAAAGAUCAUUGAAUACACCAUUGUUGCCUCAGAGAGCUUUGACAGGCGUUUACAACCCAUCCAGCAACAUAGCUUAUAAGCGCUAAAAUCCUUUUUUCCAUUCAUUUUCAUUUGGCUUUUGUGAUUGUAUUUCCGACAAAUAAAACAUCCAAAAGAAACU